CUGCACAUGACUUGAUAGGAAUCAAAACUUGGGCCACCAUCCUUAUUUUCGCACAAAUUGGUGUGCUGUUUGUCUCCUCUCAUUAUAGAAGCUAUACUCGACCAAACAACGUGAAUAAUAUGUACUUGGAUAGCCUUUGAAGUCUAUUAUCUCAAUUGAGUGGUCUUUGUUCGAGGAGAGAAGGCUUAUCUUACAAAAAUCGAGCUGGAACGAGCAGAGGUCUGUGAACUCGAGCUGUGAGAGUGCUGAGACUGUUUGGUCGAUAUCUCGAGUUUUACAAAUCCAAUUAAGGCGUGUGAGAUACCCACAGAAAGCUCUCAAGACGAGGAAUCCGUGAAGGUCUGGUUUGCAGGAAUCGGAGUUGUGGAAGGCUUCCAAAUCGUCCGAGAAAAACGCAACCUCGCAGGAGAGGAUUUAAUCCUCUAAAGAAUCGAGUUAGCCGGAAAACACCCGUUCUAGGGGCUGUUUUCGUAUCAACGAUUAAGGGUUGAACUAGCACUUUGAGGAGGCUGUUUAACACUCAUAUUUGAGCAAGGAAUCAGUUCCAAAUCCACCUUGACCAAAGCUUUGACCAUUGGACCAAGAAGGGAAAGUUUAAAGCUCAAUUGAGGUUGAGGCUAGAGCUUGCUUCCUGUGCUCGUUGCUCGAGAGAUCAUCUAGGAGCGAAGACUUGAAAUGGACCGUGGUGGCAGGAUUACUAGGAGGAACCCGACGGGCCGUGUACCAGUGGAGACUGGACAGGGCAGUCGAAGGACCUCUAGGGCAUCUAGAGGAGCUGACCGUGGAGGCCGAUCACAGACCGUGAGUGACGGUCAUGUUGACACAGAAAGUGAGACCUACUGGUCCUAUGAGGACUCGACUUACCAACCGGAGACAGAGCCGGUUGAGACCCCUUAUGAAGGGGAUGAUGACGAUGUAAGUGAUGAGGAGGGAAAUGGCUCCUUAGCACGGAUCGAAGCACUACUCCAACAAUACCACCGGGAGCGUGAAGAGAGGAGGCAACGCCGAAGACGCCGAGUGGGGCAACCUUCGGGCAUGGCUUCAAGAGGAGGGAGUCAUGGUGCAUCUAGAGUCCAUGUGGAACCACAUGGAGGCCAAAGUGAUGGAGGUCCAACCAUAAGGAUCUCCAAAUUUAUCAAAGAAGCAAGAGAUUUGGGGUGCAAACCCUUUGAUGGAGCAGGGGACAUUUCAGUCGCAGCACAAUGGAUCAAGAGGCUAAAUGAAGCAGCCCUUGACAUGCAAAUCGCGCCGAAUCUCAAACUGAGAAUUGCGGUAAGAUUGCUCGAGGGGAUGGCAUCCAAGUGGUGGGAUGGAACCAAGAACAAGUACGGUGAGACCGUUGUUUGGGAGGACUUCCAACGGGAGUUCUUUGCCCAAUACUAUUCUGAUUUCGAGGUGAAUAAGAAGGUGAGGGAAUACACCCUCCUAACCCAAGGGGGUAACAUGUCAGUGAAGGAGCUGGAGUACAAGUUCCGGGAUCUCGCCGACUACAUACCGGAGUAUGCUUGUGACGAGAACCGCAUGGUGAACCACUUUUGGGACGCUCUUGACUUGGAGAUACGUGAUAGGGCAACGCAAUUGCCUAAUAUGACUUUCGCCCAAGUGGUUGAACAAGCAUUGAAAGGGGAGAAUGACGUGCACUUUGUCGUGAUGUGCACUCAAAAUAAUAAUACAAUACAACAAUUAUACGUAGUAUAAUGGAGUAAGGCAAGAAUAAAGAGUAUGAAAUGGGAGUGUACCAGAAUAGUUCUCCCCCCCAGCUAGUUUAUGGCACUGUCCCUAGUGCCCGCCAGCAUCUCCUCCAUCAAAGAAUCCACCCUGGCCAUAAUAUCUGUCAUGAAAACCACCCGCAUAUGGAUACUCAUCGUCGUUUGUGUCUGAGCCGCCGCCGUAUCCGCCAUCACCGCCUCCCCCACCUGAGGUCGAUCCACCAAAAGUACCCCAUGCUGUGGGGUCAUACCAAGAGGGUGGUGGGGGAGGGGUGGCCAUAGAAGAAAAGGAACCUUGAUGUGCAAUGUAAGAGUAUAUAGGGCCGUAGGUCCUCCUGUGAUCCUCUUCAUACCUCCGACGGUCGUUGUCGUAUUGCUGCCGCUGAUCUUGUAUUUGCUCCUCCAAUCGCUCUAUACUCUGCCUGUGCUCAGUGCGAAACAGUCCAAAUUCCUCCCGAAAUUGGGUGUAGUUGAGGUUUAGGGCACUCAUGCUGUGGAGCAUCUGUUGCUCAAAUGAACUAUAUUGAGGGUGUUGGGGGUCAGCUUGUGGUUGACCUUGUGGUGGGCUGGGGAUGGGUGGGGGAUCAAGUUGAGGGAUUUCAUCAAGAUAGUGGUCAGGGGUGGUUCCGGGCAAGCAAAGGUGUCUCCUAUCCCCGAUGUGAUGGUUAAAAAUGUUGGGGAGUGCGUCGGAGGGGAUUGUAAAAACUUGUGUGGGUGAGGGGUGUAUGGUCCAAUGGUAAAAUGUCGUGGUCCCAAAAGUGUGGGAGUGACUCAAAUCAUGUGCAGUGAGUAGAAAGUCAAGAUUAAGGAAAUUCCAUGCUUCUACUUCUCUAUUCGCAUGAUAGCCAAAUUUAGUACAAAUAUGGUGUAUGUACCCUCCUAUGUAAAUUUCAUUCAUAGCUUCACAUUGUGUUCUGAGAUGUUCCCAUAAACAUGAGGCAACAUCUAAUCUAGGAGCUUCUGGAAAGAUACCCAUAGCAAGAACGGCCAAUUCACUAAUUCUUGUUUGAUGAUUAUUUGGCUUCCCAAAGACAUUAUACCCAAACCAUUUUAGUGCAAUUCGAAGGGCAGGGUGUUGAACAUGUGUAACAUGCAUAUGUGAUGAUUUAAAGACCCUAACCCCUGUCAUUCUUCG